AUUAGUAGUUUUAUUAUUGAUCUAAAUCUUUCAUAUUUCUAUGACAUUUAACAUUUUGUUCAUUUUUAUAGAAAGGAGAAACGCCACUGCAUCUUGCUGCCCGAGGCUGCAAGGCAGAAGUCGUUCAGCAGUUGAUAACCUACGUGAAGGACCAUAAAAGUGAAGAAAAGGCAGCAGCUUAUAUUAACGAAAUUAACGAAAAUGACGAAAGCGCCCUACAUUAUGUCUGUACAGUUACUAAAGAAGAGGUUGAAGUGCCAAAUUCAGAUAGAGAAGUUGCGAAAAUAUUACUUGAAAACGGAGCUGAUGUUAAACUUCUUACCAAACAACAUGAAUCAGCAUUUCAUUACGUUGCUUUAGCUGGUAAUAACGAUGUUGUUAUGGAAAUGAUUUCGCAUAUGUCCCCUACUGACUCGCAGAAAGCUCUUAACAGGCAAAACGACCAUGGGUGGACACCUUUGUUAAUAGCAUCUCGAAAGGGUCACAUAGACUUAGUAAAUAAUCUACUUGCCAAUCAUGCAAGGGUGGAUGUAUUUGAUUUGGAGGGCCGAUCUGCGCUGCACUUGGCUGCUGAACAAGGUUACCUUCAAGUUUGUGAUUCCUUGCUGACUCAUAAAGCCUUUAUCAACUCUAAAUCAAGAAACGGCCGAACAGCGCUUCAUUUAGCAGCGAUGAAUGGCUACAUUCACCUGGUUAAGUUUUUAAUUAAAGAUCACAAUGCCGUUAUCGACAUUUUAACCUUAAAGAAACAAACUCCCCUUCAUUUAGCUGCAGCGGCAGGUCAAAUUGAAGUUUGUAAAUUAUUGUUAGAACUAGGAGCAGAUAUUGAUGCUACAGAUGAACAAGGUCAAAAGCCUAUUCAUGCAGCCUGCCAAAAUAACUAUUCUGAAGUUGCCAAAUUAUUUCUACAACAACAUCCCAGUCUUGUUAUGGCCACCACAAAAGAUGGAAAUACCUGUGCGCAUAUAGCAGCUGCGCAAGGUAGUGUCACGGUCAUAGAAGAACUUAUGAAAUUUGACAGACAAGGCGUUAUAUCUGCGAGAAAUAAACUUACAGAUUCUACUCCGUUACAAAUGGCUGCAGAGGGAGGACACGCGGAAGUAGUCAAGGCAUUGGUUAGAGCAGGGGCUAAUAUAACAGACGAAAAUAAAGGAGGCUUUACAGCUGUGCAUUUGGCAGCUCAAUAUGGUCAUCUUCAAGUACUUGAAGUAUUAAGAUCUUCGAAUACCUUACGAAUUACAAGCAAAAAACUUGGAGUAACGCCUCUUCAUGUGGCUGCCUAUUUCGGUCAAGCUGACACCGUUCGAGAACUACUGACACAUGUACCGGGCACUGUUAAGUCAGACUCACCAAAUGGUGCUUCGUUGGUACCAGCACUGGGUAAUGAAUCUGGUAUGACGCCUCUUCAUUUGGCUGCCUUUUCGGGAAACGAAAAUGUAGUUAGAUUGCUGCUGAAUUCCGCCGGAGUGCAAGUGGAUGCUGCUACACAUGAAAAUGGUUACAAUCCUAUGCACCUAGCUUGCUACGGAGGACAUGGUACAGUGGUUGGACUUCUACUUAGUCGUUCUGCAGAACUUUUACAAAGUCACGACAAGCAUGGAAAAACGGGUCUGCAUAUAGCAGCGCAACAUGGACAUCUACAAAUGGUUGAAGUUUUGUUAGGUCAAGGUGCUGAAAUUAACUCUCAGGAUAAAAAUGGAUGGACGCCCUUGCACUACGCAGCUAGAGCUGGCCAUGUUGAUGUCGUGAAAUUGCUGGUAGAAUCAGGUGCUUCGCCGAAAGCAGAAACAAGUCUAGGAGCAGUUCCAAUUUGGUUUGCUGCUUCCGAAGGCCACCAUGCAGUCUUAGAGUAUCUUAUGACUAAGGAGCAUGACACAUAUGCAUUGAUGGAAGACAGAAGAUUUGUUUACAACCUGAUGGUUUGCUCCAAAAACCACAACAACAAACCCAUAGAAGAAUUUAUUUUAGUGUCACCAGCACCCGUGGAUACAGCAGCCAAACUGUCCAAUAUCCUUAUUGUCCUAUCUAAUAAGGAAAAGGAGAGGGCAAAGGAUCUCAUAGCUGCGGGAAAAUACUGCGAAGCAAUGGCUACCGAGCUUUUGGCUCUGGCAGCUGGAGCGGACUCUGCGGGUAAAAUUUUGACAGCGACUGAUAGAAGAAACGUAGAAUUUUUAGACGUACUAAUAGAAAACGAACAGAAAGAAGUUAUAGCGCAUACUGUCGUUCAACGAUACCUACAGGAAUUAUGGAGGGGAGCCCUCAACUGGGCGGCCUGGCGAACUCUCUUGCUGUUCGUGUUUUUUAUAAUAUGUCCUCCAGUAUGGAUAGCCUUUACUCUUCCACUAGGUCAUAAAUACUAUAAAGUUCCAAUAAUUAAGUUCAUGUCGUAUCUAACAUCCCACGUGUACCUCAUGGCAUUUUUACUAAUAGUGGGAAUAACACCACCAUACCCAGUGUUAAGAAAAAGUUUACUACCGUAUUCUUAUGAAUGGAUAUUGCUGGUUUGGUUAAGUGGACUUUUACUAUUCGAACUAACCAAUCCGAGUGAUAAGUCAGGUCUGGGCUGGAUCAAAAUAUCAGUACUACUGUUCAGCAUAUUCGGAGUGGGGGUACAUUUGCUAGCGUUUGUGUUAGACGACAAAGCCCACUGGCCCACUAUGUUGUACUGUAGAAACCAACUGUUUGCAUUAAGUUUCGUACUAGCGUGUGUUCAAAUUUUAGAUUUUUUAUCAUUUCAUCAUUUGUUUGGGCCCUGGGCUAUCAUUAUUGGUAACUUAAUGAAAGAUUUAGCUAGAUUUUUGGCUGUUUUAGCUAUUUUUGUAUUCGGAUUUUCAAUGCAGUUCGUUGCGUUGAAUCAACCCUUCGCGAAUUUAACCCCAAGCGAAUUAAUCCGACUAAACCGACAAGGAGUUAUAAAAACAGGAUAUUUUACAGAUGUCCAAAAGAAUCCGAUCAGCGCUUUUGAGCUGCUGUUUUUUGCGGUUUUCGGCCAAACCUCGACCGAGCAACUGAAAAGCUAUGGCCCGAACGCCGCAAACCGCUCUAAUAACCAACCCCCGUGGACGGAAGUUCUUUUUAAACUAGUUUUUGGAGUAUACAUGUUGGUGUCUGUCGUUGUACUGAUUAAUCUGCUCAUUGCCAUGAUGACUGAUACCUACCAACGCAUUCAGGCACAAUCUGACAUCGAGUGGAAAUUUGGAUUGAGCAAGUUGAUUCGUUCGAUGCACCGAACCACGACAGCUCCUUCACCAAUCAACUUAAUCACCACUUGGUUAUUUUAUUUAGUUGAUGUGUGCAAGAAGCGAGAUUUUAUUCCAGUGAAACAACGAAAACGCCAAAGUCUAGUCCAUCUAAUGGGCACCUUCCAACGCUCCUCCCAGCUGAGCCCCAGAUCCAAAGCAGGCGCCAAAUGGCUGUCCAAAGUCAAAAAGGGCAGGCAGAUCGCGCCGAAAGAAUCUGUAGCUCUAUCCGUGGCCCAUCUCAGUCCGCUGGGCUCACAAUUAAGCUUCUCCAUGCAAACGACUAGGAUAGAACACGUGACAGAUUGGGAAGCUAUAGCGAAGAAGUACAGGGCGUUGAUGGGAGAGGUGGAUGAAACUAAGGACAAGUCGAAAGAUGAUGAAGAAGAAGAAACUGAAGAGGAAACUCCUACGGGAAAUGCUAUACCAGUACAAAACUCUUUCGGUUAGGUAGUUAAAAUACUAGUAAAAUUGUCAUUUUAGAUAAAUUAGGGUAAAAGUAUGUUUUGACAACAUUGAGACUAUCGACUUUGGCAAAAUUCGUUCUCUAUAUUUCAACGUUUCAUAUUCGUUUGGUCUAUUUUCUCCGCAUUUUGACUAUUUUUUAUCGUCGCCAACUCUUGUGUUUUAUCUGUUGUUUAGGCAGUUUAACAUCAACAACAUUAGUUACCCUUAGCUCGGCCCGGCCAAAAAAUGUCAAUUGUUCCGCUGGAAGUCGAGAAAAUGUUUUUCUGUGUAUAUCGAUUGUGAACUUUGAAAUUCAAAUUUCUUCAACCUAGUUUUUUUGGUAUUUUUAGAUAUGAUUUUAAAAUUUGAAAAGUUUUAUAGAGAAAGAGCUCUACUAGCUCUUAUCUUUUUCCUCUUUUUUUAUAUUUAUUGCCAUUUUGCUACAAGGGUAAUAAAUUAAAACAUUUUUAACCAGUCGUAUCUUAUAGAAAAUUCAAUUGUCGCUAUUUUAUUUUAUUACGACUUUGCUCCAAAAUGAAUCGUUUUAAAGUUAUAAUAAAGAAAUGUAAAAAAACGAUAUUUUAAAUUGUUUAUAAACGUUUUGUUUUUUAUAUUAUUAUUCCCGGUCGAUUUGAAAGGGAGGGAGAGUCAAUUAUUAUUAUUAAAGUUUGCCAGAUUUACCCAGUGUCUAACGGACACAUAAAGCAUUUUGAAAAUAUUUUUUUUGAGACACAUAUAGAAAGAAGAAAUAAAAAUGCAACAUUUUAAAAGUAAAUAUGUUUGUUGUUCAUAGAAAAAUUUUUAUUCUCAAAAUUCUGUGGUUAAAGAUAUCAUAUUAACAAAUUUAAAAAAAAGUUCAUUUUUUGUUAUGCUACAGAAACAGUUGCCAUGUACUAGAAACAUUAAAAAACUUUAAUCGUAUGGCUUACAUAAUGAAAUACAUUUUGUUAAAUGUUUUGUAAGUUAUGUAAAUAUUUUUGAAUUUACACGCGUGCCCUUGCAUAUAGUUGACUGUACCCAAUCUUCAUUUGUAGUUUCUACGCAGAUGAGACAAUCGGUAGUUUCUUCUUCUUUAGUGUCCAUUUCCAAACUUGCUCUAAUUGGUAUCGUUGACGUGAAAAGUCUAUCACAGGAUUUAGAAGUCCUGGCAGUAGCUAAAAUACGAGCUAUCACAGUAGAGCUACUUGAUGCCGAAGAUAUGCUGGGAGGAAAAACUGUAGAACACGAUUUUAGUAGUUUUUCAGAAGAGAUAGAUAAAGCUGCAUCAAACCUGUCUGUUGUAGCCAAUUGUGGUCCAGAUGGCGUUGUUCUGCAGGGGACUGUGUCACUAUGGAAUUCUUUGUAUUCAGAAAAGUGAGCUUCAGCAAGUUAGUCUAGAUCUGUAAAAAUGGUCUUCUCUAGUCGGUACAAACUAGUAAAAGCUAACCCAGACUUUGUAAGUUCCAUCCUACAAAUAACUUGGAAAGCUGUAUUAACCAACCCAGCAAUGUCUCUUUGGGUUGUUUUAAGCGGGCCAUAUUUCUUCAUUCACUUUGCACAAGACUUAUUGUACGCAGCCUUGAAGGGUCUCAUUAUUGCUUGGUCAAGAGGCUGAAUCUUGUGGGUGGUGUGAGGAGGUAGACUUUGGUGUGAAUAUUGUGGUUUUUCUCAUAUAUAAUUACUUCUAGUUCCUUGUGAGAACUAUGGCCAUCAAUUAUCAAAAAAUCCGGAGUUUUCUUAGUGAGAUUCACUAGAGUAACAAGGCAAUUGUAGCCAAAGCAAAAAGGAAUUGGCAGUUAUCCACCCACUUUGUUUGCAAGCAAACAUACUUAUAUACCUUUGGAGCAUUAUUAUUCAACUGUUCUGCCAUUUUAACUCUACUAAAUACAAAUAAUGGAAAUAAAAAUACAUCACAUGUCGCGUUGAUAGAUAGUAGCACAGUUACAUUUCUGCUCCUAUCUUCCGAUGUGAUUUUACUAACCUGCUUGUUUCCUUUCUAUGACAGAACCAUUGAGGCAUUAUAGUGCACACAGAAACUCCUGCCUUAUCGAAGUUUAUUACCUUUGAGGGAGUUAAAUGUUGAUAGCAUUGCUUCAUAUUUGUUGAAGAAAAGGUCCACUUGUGGUUUGUUGAAACCGACAGGUCUUUAAAUACUUGUUGACUGUGGUAUUCACAACGAAAGCUUAAAAUGGCGGCUCAAACAUUCAUAAUAAAACUUUUCUUCUGCAAUAUUUCUUUCUUUAUUAAAUUGGUGCGGAAGUUUUAAAUGCUCAACUAACUCAAUAGCAAAUCCUACAAGCUCUUUAAAUACUAAACCUAUUAAAUACUGAAAUAAUUUGGUUUCUACCUCUUUAGAAAAUGUCUCCUUAAAAUGACCCGUAAGUGGCUUCGUACCCACGUCCCUACCUCCUCUUAGCUGUUUGAUUGUGUUUACCAGCAUGCUCUUGGGGACAGAAAAAUAAAAAGAAGAGACGAACGCGACAAAAAUAUAUACCUCAUUCACUGUUAGUAUCAGACUGACACGAAAUGACAGCCGCCUGCACUGUGGACCUAAGUGGUAUAGAGCUUUUACUGCUAGAGUGCAUAUCUCUACUAUUUAGCAGACUUUAUCGGAAACACACUCUGUCCGGUACUAGGCACUAUUCGGUACUGGGUAAUUCACCCCUAUCACAUAACUUUUUCUUCCAAAUUCAGACUGCCAUCUCUCACAUCCACCUCUAAACAGAUCCGUUCUGGUCUAAUAAAUCUGACGCAGGAAGGUCUGGUCGUGGCCAACUCAGAUAAAUCAAUACCGAGAACAAUUACCUUUUAAAUUCAGGAAAUGCAAAAAUAGAUUUAAGAGUUACCACAAAGUAGAGUACACAAUAUAUUAUAGGUAGUCCAUACCUACACAUAUUCCUUAUUGGUAAAAUCUAUUUUUUUUAGUAAUUGUUUUCUGUUUUUUUUAUUGUCUUUGAAGGUAUGUCUCAAUGUUAAGGAUAAACAAAUUAAAUUGACUUUUCUAUAAAAAAAACAAACUGUAUGUAUUUAAUGUAAUAAAAACUAUUUUAUAUACUUGUUAGAGUAAAAUUUAUACAUCUUUAUCAUUUGGUAACAUAUAAAUCUAAAAAAUAAAUACUCCAAAUCCCA